AGGUAACUUUAACCCAUUUUUUUAAUUUAUGAUAUAUGAAGUAUGAUUUAUAUGUAAACUAAGGUAACUGAGCCUGUCAAUUUUGAUUUUUUUUUGGUGUUGAUUUAUGGAUUUGAAAGUUUAACGGCGCCAUUCACAAGGGUAUGCCCCACAAGUUCUACCAUGGCCGAACUGGGCAUGUCUGGAACAUCACCAAGCGCGCUAUUGGCAUGGAGGUUAACAAGCAGGUUGGGAACCACAUCAUUAAGAAGGGGAUUCAUGUUCGUGUGGAGUAUGUCCAGCCCUCUAGAUGCACUGAGGAGUUCAGAAACAGAAAGUUAAGGAACAAUAAGCUCAAGGCUGAGGCCAAGUUGAAGGGUGAGGCCAUCAGCACCAAGAGGCAGCCAGAGGGUCCCAAGCCAGGUUUCAUGGUCGAAGGAGCUCAGUUGGAAACUGUCACCCCCAUUCCUUAUGAUGUUGUCAACGAUCUCAAGGAAAUAUUCCAAGAGUCCAAGAUUUUCGGUUUAUGAAAGAAAAAAAGCAAGAGGCAUUCUCAUCUUUCAUGCACUACAAAUCUUAUCUUUCACGCAAGGCACAUAACCUCACGACACUAGGUCUUCAAGGCAGCUCACCUCACUAGUCAUGGCAUCAAUUCGGAAGGACACCUCAAAGCUUCACAAAAGCUAGAUGGCAGCAAGCAGUAGGCACAACACCUCAGUAUCUCACGGCAUCAGGUCUUCAUUUAUUAAGAUUUUUUUUGAAUAAAUUUCUGAAGUCAACUCUAUAU